CGGGGCCGCCCCGGAAGGCGGCACCACGUGAGGGGCGGGCGGCGGCCGCGGGGGCUGCCGGGUGGCGCGGCGCCCACUGCGGCCUUUAAAGCGGAGGGGCCGGAGCGCGGUGGUGGCGCGGACCGCGUGCGGGGCUUGUGCCGGGGCCGCUGCAGCUGGUGAAAAUGGCUGAAAAUGGAGAUGGUGAAAAUAUGUCUAUCUUGGAAAGCAAAAUAUGUCAGCAAAUUGAGUACUAUUUUGGUGAUCACAAUCUACCAAGAGACAAGUUCCUAAAGGAACAGAUCAAACUGGAUGAUGGCUGGGUGCCUUUAGAAAUUAUGAUCAAAUUCAACAGGUUAAGUCGCCUUUCAAAAGAUUUUGGUGUUAUAGUAGAAGCAUUAAAAAAAUCUAAGACUGGUCUAAUGGAAAUAAAUGAAGACAAAACUAAAAUCAGAAGAUCUCCAAACAAACCCCUUCCUGAAUUAAAUGACCAGUAUAAAACUGCAAUUAAAAACAGAUCUGUAUAUGUUAAAGGCUUUCCAGUAGAUGCAACUCUUGAUGAUAUCAAAGAAUGGCUUGAGGAUAAAGGUCCAGUUGAAAACAUUCAAAUGAGGAGAACACUGCAGAAAACAUUUAAGGGAUCAAUAUUUGCAGUUUUUGAUAGUGUUGAAUCUGCUAAGAAGUUCACAGAGAUCCCAAACCAAAAGUACAAGGACACAGAACUGAUAGUGCUUUUCAAGGAGGAGUAUUGUACAAAGAAGAAUGAAGAAAGGAAACAAAACAAAGUAGAGGCUAAAGCAAGAGCUAAACAGGAAAAAGAAGAAAAACAGAAACAAGCAGCAGAUGCUGAAAUGAAAUCUUUGGAAGAAAAGACAGGAUGUCUUUUGAAGUUUUCUGGUGAUCUUGAUGAUCAGACAUGCAGAGAAGAUCUCCACGCAGUAUUUUCUGAUCAUGGAGAAAUCAGAUGGAUACACUUUGUCAGAGGUGCAAAGGAGGGUAUUAUCCUAUUUAAGGAUUUUGCAAAAGAAGCUCUGGAAAAAGCCAAAGAAGCACAUAAUGGAAACUUACAACUUCGGAACAAGGAUGUUACGUGGGAAGUGCUAGAAGGAGAUGCAGAGAAAGCAGCCCUGAAAAAAAUACUGGAAGAGCAGCAAGAAUUGCUAAAACAGAAAACAAAAGGACGCAAACUUAAAGGAAAAGGAAGAGGUGGGAAGAUACCUCAAGGUGCACAUAAAGGGAAAGUACAGUUUCAGGGCAAGAAAACAAAGUUUGAGAAUGAUGAAGGUGAAGAUGAUAUCAAAACAGAACCGGCAAGCCCCAAGAAGAGACCACUAGAGGAAACUGAAAAAGAAGAACCUGCACCAAAACAGCUGAAAACAGAAAAUGGAGACGGAGAGCAGUAAUACUAAAAUAAAAAUCAUUGUUUUUAUUAGUCCAUUUUAAGUAGGUUUUAAAGCCAUGCCUCAGUUCAGGAGUUUCUCAGCAGAAAAUCUAAUGAAAUCCACUUCAAUGUCAACCUAUGAUGAGAGGAAAGCUUUAUUUUGUUGGAUUACAGUUUUUUUUUUUUUUUCUUUUGUUUAAGAAGCAUGCUUACUCUAACAUGCCACUCUGGAACAGUUUUUUUUAUAUUUAUAGUUUUGUUUAUACUGUCAGUCCUCUCAACUUCUCUGGUACCUCAUUCAAGUGUGAAAGGUUCCAUCCCUGAAUUGCCUUUGUAAUCUCAAAGUUAUAUUCACUAGCAGCUGUCAAUAAAUUGAGAACUUAAACUGUUCA